UCAAUUCUUCCAGCAGCACGAGUCGUGAAUCGCCCACAGUAACCAUGGCCCAUCUAGCUCAAGGCAAACUAAACGGCCAUCUUACCAGUCUACCAGAAGAGUUAAUUUUAAAGAUCCUUGCCUACAUCUUCGAGUCAUCCGAUGAAUCAUGGGACCCUAUAACCUCGCAGCCCGACUUCCCCAGCUUACUGCUGACCUCGAAGCAACUAUCCCGCUUGACGGACACUUUCCGCUAUCGACAUAUCAAACUUCUUCCGCACAGUCUCACGAGCCUCAAAGAGUCAGUGGUAUUCCUCAGGGACUCGGCGCUGGCUGCUAGUGUGAGGAGUGUGGAUAUUGUCCAUGAGGAGCGGAACUCAACGCAGGAGAAGAGUCUGCUGAGUCUAGUGAAACUGUCUCUGUCGUCAAAGGAUCAGAAGCUGGUGAAAUCUGCUGUAGAGGAUAUUGGGAUGUUGCGCGUUCUUUCGGCCCAUGCUUGGGUUACGGCAAUCUUGUUUCGACUUCCACGACUUACGGCACUGAGACUACCACCAUCCACAAUGGAGACAGGACUGCUUACGACUUAUCCGCCAUUUAAAGCCUUCCAAGAACACCCCAAUCGCCUUCCACGCCUUCGAAAGCUUUCACUCGCAACUGAUCGAGGUGUUUCAAGCGAGUCCCUUAUCUCAAUCCUGCAAGCCACUUCACUCCGCACCCUCGAGAUUGAAGGAUGGAAGCUUGACAACUUGGAGUUAUCGGAACUGUCGUCACCGAUCGAACAUUUAAUUCUUUUACCUCACUGGCAUAAUCAUCUCCUUCCAUAUGUGGCUGAGCAAAAGAAUAUCAUCACGUCAUUCAAGGCCCUUCGAUCGAUCACCAUCAAAAUACGGUCGUUUCCCGGGAAGUACUUUAUAGACUUCCUCUUGCACUACCUUCAAGCGCAGAAGCACUCUCUAGAACACUUCCACCUCUCGGGUUCCUCUCCCAACGAAACAAUAGACCACGAAGUGACUCUGGUAAACUUCCACGAGUUCUCAAAAUUGCGCACAAUUGUCACCCCGACCGUUCUUAUCUUUCGACAUAUUGGUGGGAGCGACCCUCCAAGUCUAGCUAAAAGUCUGCCUCGAUCCUUGGAGUGUUUGACAAUCAAUGGGUACGAGCCGGUCCCGGCACGUAUUAUUGAGCUGGCGUCUGGCGACUUUCCGAAUAUGAAAAGCGUCACAGUUCGAGAUCGUGGGAAUUUUCCUGAUGAUGUUUAUGAGGCGUUUCGGGUGGCGAAUAUUGAGUUUACGGAUCGUGGUAUGCUUGAAGGGCACCUUACUGCCGCGUGGGGUGCCUUAUCAUAAAUCUGUGUACACUUUCCUGACACUGCUUCAGUACACCCAUGCAAACCUGAAGCUAUAGGCUGCCUGUCCAGUCUGCGUACGUCUCUCUGGCGCUGUCUGAGAUGGCCUGACGUGUUUGCUAACUGUUCAAUAUGAUUGGCUUCGGGUUUUCAAGAACGUGCUGAAGCAUUGCGUGCAGUAGUGAUCAAGUGUAUUAUACCUAGCACCUGCUCCGUUGGCGUUCUAUAUGUUCGGAGCCGGAUGAAGGGAAAUAGUCGCUAUUAAGCUUUGAAAUUUCAGCACGACAUCGUAGACUAUGAUCAAAAGACACAUCACUUCGGCUGCACAAUGGUAACAUCGUAACCUAUUCUCAUCAUCCACAAAGCUCUAUAAAAUUUUCGUCAC